GCCAGCGAGCGACCAGCACUCUGCGCGCUGGGCCCCCAGCGCCCUCGGACCCUCAGCGGAUUUCGCCGCAAGGUCUGGGGAGAUAGCGGCGACCCCCCUCCACGCGGGUCCAGGCAGAGUCCGGUCAGCGCCUCACAGGAACACUGGCCUUGCUACCGGAGCCCCAGGAGCCCCCAUGAGUGCCGGCGAAGGGAGUCCUGGAGAGUGAGGCCCUGGCUGGUCCAGGGGUGGGUACCCCAUCAUGCCGCCCAUUCUCCAGCGCCUGCAGCAGGCCACCAAGAUGAGCCGUAGGAAAAUCCUGCUGCUGGUGCUAGGAUGCAGCACCUUAAGCCUCCUCAUCCACCAGGGGGCGCAGCUCAGCUGGUACCCCAAGCUGUUCCCUCUGAGCUGCCCGCCUCUGCAGGACUCUCCGCCGCGCCCCAAGCAUAUGACCGUGGCCUUUCUGAAGACGCACAAGACUGCGGGCACGACGGUGCAGAACAUCCUGUUCCGUUUCGCCGAGCGCCACAACCUGACGGUGGCCCUGCCUCACCCGAGCUGCGAGCACCAGUUCUGCUACCCGCGUAACUUCUCGGCGCACUUCGUGCACCCGGCCACGCGGCCGCCGCACGUGCUGGCCAGCCACCUGCGCUUCGACCGCGCGGAGCUGCAGCGCCUCAUGCCGCCCGGCACCGUCUACGUCACCAUCCUGCGCGAGCCGGCCGCCAUGUUCGAGUCGCUCUUCAGCUACUACAACCAGUACUGCCCCGCCUUCCGGCGCGUGCCCAACGCGUCGCUCGAGGCCUUCCUGCGCGCGCCCGAGGCCUACUACCGCGCGGGCGAGCACUUCGCCAUGUUCGCGCACAACACCUUGGCCUACGACCUGGGCGGCGACAACGAGCGCAGCCCCCGGGACGACGCCGCCUACCUGGCGGGCCUCAUCCGCCAGGUGGAGGAGGUCUUCUCGCUCGUCAUGAUCGCCGAGUACUUCGACGAGUCGCUCGUGCUGCUGCGGCGCCUGCUGGCCUGGGACCUGGACGACGUGCUCUACGCCAGGCUCAACGCGCGCGCCGCCAGCUCGCGCCUCGCCGCCAUCCCCGCGGCGCUCGCGCGGGCUGCGCGCACCUGGAACGCGCUCGACGCCGGCCUCUACGACCACUUCAAUGCCACCUUCUGGCGCCGCGUGGCGAGUGCCGGCCGCGCCUGCGUGGAGCGCGAGGCGCGCGAGCUGCGCGAGGCCCGAGAGCGCCUGCUGCGGCGUUGUUUUGGCGACGAGCCGGUGCUGCGGCCCGCGGCCCAGAUCCGCACCAAGCAGCUGCAGCCGUGGCAGCCCAGCCGCAAGGUGGACAUCAUGGGCUACGACCUGCCCAGCGGCCGCACCGGUCCAGCCACCGAGGCCUGCCUCAAGCUGGCCAUGCCCGAGGUGCAGUACUCAAGCUACCUGCUACGCAAGCAGAAGCGCCGAGGCGGCAUGCGCCUCCGGCCCGAACCGGUCCUAGACAACCCCCCACCUCGGCCCAUCCGGGCGCUGCGCCCAGGCCACUGAGCUCCGGGUGGGAGUCUGGCCCCUGACCUGCCCACCAGGGUCUUUCCUAGGGCUGCCUCCGGGUCCCACCGCAUCAGGCCCUUUCUCCCGAGAGGGGCUGCAGCAGUAAGUGGGGGCGCAUCUCCCUGUUUGAGCCCACCUCCCAGGAAGGUGUAGGCCCGAUAGAACCCCGGGCCACUCUCUCCUUUGUCCUAAUUGGAUGGUGGCUUUGCCAAGAGAUUCGAGGCCCGUUCAGAACUGCCCACCCUGCCUUCUUAAGGGGAUUGAGGACCCCUCCACCUGUCUUUCCAAGUGGAUGAGUCCAUGCCACAGAGAGGGGCUGAGCUCUGGGAAAGGCUACUCUGCCCGUCAGCCUCCCGAGUUCUUGCUCCUUCUGCCAGGGGUCAGAGGCCCCCACACUGUCUGUCUUCCAGGUU